CGCUAUGCUCUGUUCCCGGUGUCAGUUAUAGCGCCGCCUGCAGGCUGGGAGGGACGGUGUCGGGUGAGUGUCGCUGAACGCGGCUGACGCAGUAGUGCUGUCGCCAAGGUAACCGCCGAAGAGGCCGGGAGGCUGCUUGGAAAGUGGCAGUUUUUAUGGAUCAGGAGGAGGAGAUCGACAGGCGGCAAGCGGCCGCAUGCCCGGAUUCUGAGCUACUGGUCGGGUUUGGUAGAGGGAGCGGGAGUCCGGUUUCGGAGCUAGUGGUCGGGCCUUCCAGCGGGAGCGGGAGCCCGAUCUCGGUCUCGGAGCCAGUGCAGAGCUGGGUGAUGCAGCAGAGUGCACAGGAGCUGGCGGCAUGUCUGGGAGCUGAACCUUGUCUGGAGGCCAAGAAACUUGAUGAGAGCAUUGAAGAAAUGUUAAUCAGAUUGGAUGAAUUUUGUGCAAUGCUUGAGAUGAUUCGAAGUGAUUCAUCACAAAUCUUGGAUGAAAAUGUUCCUAAACUAAAGGCCAAGGCAUUGGAAAUGAAGAAGGUGUAUGCAAAGAUUGACAAGAUGGAGACCUUUGUGAAGAUGGUUGGACAGAAUGCAGCUACACUUGAGCAGCAAGUGAUUCAGGCAGAAAAGGACUGUGGAAACUUGCCUCAUGGUGUUCGUAGACUUCUACUUUCAAUUAGUGCACCUUCAUUUCUAAAUAAGAAAUGCAGCUGCCCCAAACAACAGAACACAAGAUAUGAGCUACCCAGUCUGUACAGAACUGAGGCUUAUUUUCCCGAGAGUUCUGAUACGCCAUACUUCAGCAAGCCAAAAACCUGAUUGUAAUAAUGCAUCCCUCAAGCUAGGACACUAUUCAUCAACAAUGUAACAUUUGCAUAAAGAACAAAACUGAAAAUAUUACUGCAAGUCUUCUACAGUUUGUUUCAUCAUCUAAUUCAGUUUGGAUACAAGGUGGUAUGUCUGCUUUCAAUUUAUGGAGAGAUUUUCUGUGAAAUAUAACAUUACUAAAACAAAGAUUUCAAUACUGCAAUAUUCAACUUUUGGGAUACUCUUAGCA